AGCAUGGCCAAGAAGGUGGCGAUCAUUGGGGCCGGGAGCAGCGGGCUGUGCGCCAUCAAAGCCUGCCUGCAGGAGGGCCUGGAGCCUGUCUGCUUCGAGAGGACCGGAGACAUCGGAGGCCUGUGGCGCUAUGAGGAGCACCCUGAGGAGGGCCGCGCCAGCAUCUACAAGUCCGUCAUCAUCAACACCUCCAAGGAGAUGAUGUGCUUCAGCGACUUCCCCAUCCCCGACGACUUCCCCAACUACAUGCACAACUCCAAGAUCAUGGAGUACUUCCGCAUGUACGCCCAGCACUUCCACCUGCUCCCGCACAUCCGCUUCAGGGUGAGCGCCGCGCGGGGCCGUGCGGGGCCUCGCCUCCCCUGCGCGGCCCUGGCUGCCGCCGAGCCCGCAGCCGCGCUGCCUCCCCGCAGGUACGUGCGCAGCCAGCGCCACACCAUCCAGGUGGAUUACAUCCCCUACAUGGACGAGCUCGCCGACCAGCUGGGCGUGCGGCCCAACCUGCUCAGCCUCUUCCUCACCGACCCCCGCCUGGCGGCCGAGGUGCUGCUGGGCCCCUGCAGCCCCUACCAGUACCGCCUGCGGGGCCCGGGGCGCUGGCACGGCGCCCGCAGCGCCAUCCUCACCCAGCGCCAGCGCAUCAUCAAGCCCUUGCAGACAAGGCAGGUGGUCGGCGACACCGCGGCCUCCUCGAUACCGCUCUUGGCCAAGCUGGUUGGGGCCGUGGCCGUCUUUGCUUUGCUUUUCACUUGGCUCCCGCUCCCAGCUGCGCUGCCGGAGGGAGAGGGAGACCUUGAAAU